AUUAGUUAGAAAAAUAAUCGCAUCGCACCGCUUUAUAUAUUAAUAGAUGAAACGACAGAUAAUGAAAAAAACUACAUGUUGGUCUUUUUUUUAAAAAUGUUAUAUAUAAAAGCCAAAAAAGAAGAAGCGAAAAGUGACUUUUUUAAGUUCAAGUCGUCUGGUUGACUGGGACGGCAUCUCUGACUCAAGCCCUCCCGAAACACUUCCCACGCAGCUUCCUCCUCCUCCUCCUCCUCCUUCACAUGCUUCUCUCCUCCUUCGAACCCUGAAAAAAACCGAACAGCUUCUCAUGCCUCCGAUCCCGCCGCCGCCGCCGCCACGGCCACGGCGGAGAUCCGCCGCCGCCGCCCUCCUCUUCCUCCUCCUUCCGACCAUCCUCCCUCCCGUCGCCGCCCAGCCGGCGCCCACCCCGCCCAGCGACGAGUCCUCCCCCGCCCCGGGCUACGGCGCCUUCAGCAACUCCAUCGGCCUCGUCCUGGUCGCCCUCGUCAUCGUCAUCUUCCUCCUCGCCACCUUCUCCGCCUACAUCCUCCGCUGCUCCCCGGCCCCCGAGGGCUCCAUCGGCCGCGCCGUCCGCUCCCUCCGCCGCCUCGGCGCCCCGCCCCGCGGCCUCGACCCCGCCGUCGUCGAGACCUUCCCGACCGUCGCGUACGCCGCGGUGAAGGGGCACAGGAUCGGCGAGAGGUCGCUGGAGUGCGCGGUGUGCCUGAACGACUUCGAGGACGACGACACCCUCCGCCUGAUCCCCAAGUGCGACCACGCGUUCCACCCGGACUGCAUCGGCGAGUGGCUCGCCUCCCACACCACCUGCCCCGUCUGCCGCGCCGACCUCGCCUCGCAGCGGGCCGACGACCCGGAGAGCCCGCAGGCCGAGCCGCCGUCGGUCGAGGCGGGCGGCUCCGCCCGAUGGCGGCGCGCCGGAGAGGAGCCCGCGGGAGGGAGGGCCAGAGCGGAUCCAGCCGCCAGAUCCAUGGGACAAGAAGGAGAGCGGCGGCACCACCAAUCGCAACCGGACACGUGGCUCGGCAGUAGGAUCGGAAGGUUUCCCCGAUCCCACUCGACCGGCCACUCGCUGGUCCGACCGGGCGACGACACGGAGCGGUUCACCCUGAGGCUGCCCGCCGAUGUGAGGAAGCGAUUGAUGAUGGACCGGCCCGGGCCGGCCCUGCCCCAGGAAGGUUGCUCGAGGCGAGGAUACCGGUACGGCGAAGGGAGCAGCCGAGGGCGGUACUACAGGAGGCUGGACCGGUUGGACUCGGCACCCGCGUCGGAAGGCUGGGCUUUCAAUAGGAUGCCAUCCUUCUUGGUGCGCAUGUCGUCGGCCCUCUCACCUAGAGUGGCCGCCGCUGCUGCCGCCAGGAGCGGUGGAGGGUCCUUCCGUGGUCCAGCGCAACAGGCCCGACCGCCCAUUUAGCGCCUAACUUGGUUACAUCACAGAAAAAGACUAAGAUAAUGUUGACAAUUUUGACAAUUCCGCAGCAAUUGGAUUGUUUUGGUGGGCGACUUGCGCCUACUUUGUAAAUCAUGCUCGACAAAAUUUUACUUUAAAAAUGUAAAAUUAUGUGAGC